CGAGUGAAGAAAAUGGCGGGUGUGCAGGUUGACUCUACUUGCUGCAACACUCAAUUCCCGUAGCCUUAGGCUUCCACAUUCACUCUUGCACUUUAAAUUCAUGAGAGAAUUGGAAGCUAUAGCCACCAAAGAAGCUGAGGAGAAGCAAAACAGGGAUAUAGUGCAAGAAGAGGAAGAACAGUUGAUGGAAGAAAGGAAAAAGCGGAAAGACGAGAAGAAAAAGGACGCUGGUUUAAAGAAGGCCACUGAACAAAAAAACAAAGUGCCAGAACAUAUCAAGUCCAGUUUAAGCCAGCCUCAGCCUGCCAACCCGAAGAGCGACACCUCCACUGUAACCAGCAUCGUCAGCAAUGCCAAGCGGGCCCAAGCCAGCAGCCAUCCGCAAGUCCCGCCUCGAUACCCGCCCCGCGAAGUUCCGCCACGUUUCCGCCAGCACGAGCAGAAGCAGCUGCUGAAGCGUGCUCAGCCUCUCCCGACUCUCGCUGCCGCCCUGGGAACCCGAGCUCCGCUCGACGCCGCCCAGCCAGGGGGUGCUCUUCUUGCCAGCGAGGGGCCUCUCCAGAAUAGCGCCGGUUCCCCCCUCCCAGGCAUGCCUCCCAUUCGGGAUUUGGCCAGCCACUCCCCUAACCAGACAGAAUUAAACCACAGUGCUCUGGGCUCUCAUUAUGAAAAUUCCCACUGGAAUUCUGGUUCACCUGGCAGCGACUCGAACACCACUUGGGAUAAAGUCAUUGUAGACGGCUGCGACAAGGAAGCCUGGCCUUCGAUCACUGGUAGCGACCCAGAGUUAGCCACAGAAUGUAUGGACGCUGACUCUGCCUCAAGCUCUGGGUCUGAGAAAAACCUUAGUAUAAUGGCUUCUGGGAACACUGGCGGCGACAGCAAUGGCAAUAGACAAGGCAAUGGACACGGUUCUCAUUUUAUGGUUGCAAAUGGCAGCAAUAACAUGGGCAAUGGGAGUAUUAAGGGACCGUGGGGCCUAUCCCAUGGCUCGAUGCUAAGCACAUGUCAAGGCCCUGGGGAGAGUCCCAACAGCAAAUUAACAGAAAGUAGCCAUGGUAAAUUAAAUGCAUGGGGUACCCUAGGUUCCUCAACCAAUGGAGGUAUAAAUCCAAGCACUUUGAACCCAAAUGCCAACCAUGGUGCCUGGCCUGUUUUGGAAAACAGUGGGCAUAAUCCACAUGGGCCUGUGGGGAAUGGGAAUAGCGGCACCAGUACUCAACGUAGCACCAUAGGUCAAGCGCCCAGCAGUCAGAGUAUUAACUCUAAGAUGGGCCUCUCCGCCCACGCAGCCUGGGGGAGCCUCCAGGAGAACAAUGCAGAGUCUGAAGUCAAUGGUACAAGUAAGGUUUCGUUAAACGGGCAACCUCAAAACCUUAACACUGAAUUGAAUGGACCAAAUAACACUACUAACAUGAUGACCUCUAGUUUACCAAACUCUACUGGUUCAAUGCAGAUGAAUGAACUGCCCGCAGGGCACCGAGCCUGGCACGUGGACGCGGGGAGCUCGCCUCAGCUCCACGCCUCUUCAGUUUCUAAUGGCACUUCCAUUUCUCAGCAUGGCAACAGCGAGGGAAUAAACAGCGGGUCUUACGGCACGGCAUGGGGAGCUCCGCAAGAUACCAAUUACCCCGGAGACAAAUGCCCUGCCCCUAAAGGCCAAACUGCUGGCGACACUGUGAAUGCAACUCUAAUGCAGUCUGGAGUGAAUGGAUCAGCUGCAAACGCUGCUUCUUUUAAGAAUAAUAAUAAUAAUAACGGUGUGGGGGCGCGCGGCGGAGGGUGGGGCUCCGGGCCCGCCGCUUCCCAGAGCCUGCCGUGGGGAGCAGGGAACGGUGUCGGCCCCGCGGGGAUCCCUCACCCCUGGGGGAGCGCGUCGUCCUCCUCGUCGUCGUCCUCCUCCUCCUCCUCUUCGAACACUGGCACUAAGAUCUCCAACGGGGAGUGGAGCGCCCUGCCGAGCAACAAUCAGCAUUCCAAUGAAGGCAUAACCGGGAGCAGGAAGGGAACAAAUGGGUGGAUGUCCCUGGAGGACGACGCUCUGGGCGAGGCCGGAGCGGGCCCGGCGUCCCAGAUGAGCAAUCAGGGCGGCACGUGGGCCAAAUCUACCGGCAGCGAGGGCAGCAGCGAGAGCAUGGGCAGCCGCGGGGACAGGGACGGAGCGCGCGCCAGCAGCCGCCGCAAGGCCAGCUCCCAAAGCCUGGUGCAGACCGUGCUCUCCAGGACCGACCUGGACCCCCGGGUCCUGUCCAACUCCGGCUGGGGCCAGACCCCCGUGCGGCAGAACACCACCUGGGACAUCGCGGCCUCCUCCAGCUCCGACAAGAAGACUGACAACGGAACAGAGGCCUGGGGCGGCUCGGUCUCCCAGGCGUCCAACUCAGGGGGGUGGGGGGACGGGCCCAGCACCAACAGCAACGAUACCUCAUCAGUAUCUGGGUGGGCCGAUCAGAAGCCUCCCACUGGGUGGGGAGAAGCCAAAGGCCCCAGUGGAGACGGAGGCUGGGAAGAUAACUCUGCUGCUACGGGAGUGGGAAAGAGUAAUCAGUCAUGGGGGAGCGUCAAGGACGAGAAAGCUUCGACUUGGAACGAUGCACAAAAGGUCAAACAGGGAUGGAUGGAAGGGCAGAAAUCGAGCCAGGGCUGGGGCGCCCCCUCCGGCGGCGAGGGGUGGGGGGCCGACGUCCCGCGAGGAAACCACUGGGGAGACCCUCCGAAGUCGGGCUCCGGAGGCUGCGACAGCGACAGCGACCGCUCGGGCUCCGGCUGGAGCGAGCAGGGCAGGUGCGGCGCGGGCAACACCUGGGGCGGCAGCGGGGGCGGCGGCACUCCCAACAGCGGCGGCCCGUCCGGCUGGGGCGAGCCCCCCAAGACAAGCCACAAGCAAGGCUGGGGGGAGCCCGGUAAGGCCAGUAAUCAGGGCCAGGGCUGGGGAGAGCCCCCGAAACCCAGCCACGCCGGUUCUGGGUGGGGCGACGCCUCCAAAGGCUGCGACUCCUCCGACUGGAGCAAGCCGCAGGACGCCGCUGCGGGGCAGUCCUCCUGGGGGGUCCCUCCCUCGCAGCAGCCGGGGGGCCCGGGCCCUAACAAGCCCUCUGGCUGGCUGGGUGGGCCAAUGCCCGCCCCGCUCAAAGAGGAGGAAUCGACGGGCUGGGAAGAGCCCUCCCCCGAAUCCAUCAGGCGCAAGAUGGAGAUCGACGACGGUACUUCGGCUUGGGGGGAUCCCAACAAGUACAAGUACAAAAAUGUGAACAUGUGGAACAAGAACAGCGGCGGUGAGCAGGAAGCGCCCGUGGCCCCGCAGCAGCAGCAGCAGCAGCAGCAGCCGCCCCCACAGCCUGCACUACCCCCCAACACCAUGCCCAGCAAGGACAAGAACAUGGGAUGGGGAGAGCCGUACGGAAGCACGCAGAAACCCGAGUCGUCAUGGGGCGAGCCCUCGGGCCCUCCCGUCUCCGUGGACAACGGCACGUCAGCCUGGGGCAAGCCUGUGGACACCGGGGCGAGCUGGGAGGAGCCGGGGAGGCAGAGCGCUAACGCUGGCGGCUGGGGAGGCCCCGCAGCGGGACCGCAGACCCAACACAAACCUGGACCCAAACCUAUGCAAGACAACUGGUGUGGUGACGAGAUGCCCAUGCCGGGAUCGCGCCAUCAGAGCUGGGAGGAAGAGGAGGAGGUGGAGAUCGGGAUGUGGAACAACAACCCGUCCCAAGAGAUGAACCAGCCAGGGAACUGGUCGUACAUGAAGAAGAUGCCUCCCAAGGUCAAUAAAGGAGCCAACAAGCAAGAUGAUGCCUGGAUGAAUCAGUUUGUGAAGCAGUUCAACAACAUGAAUUUCCCUAGGGAACCUCCUGAAGAAACCAUGAAGGCCCAUAAGAUGGAUUUGUCUGGAGGGAUGUUGGCGGAUAAGCGCAUGGACGUGGACAAACAUGUUCUGAAUAUGGGAGAAUACAAUGGCGUGAUCGGAAAGAGCCCUGGGUCACGUCAUCAGAUCUCCAAAGAGUCUUCCAUGGAGCGAGGUCCCUAUUUUGAUAAGCUGUCUCUGUCCCUGUCUGUCCAAGAUGGCAUUGUAGCAGAAGAGCCCCAAAAUGUACAGUUCUCAUCUAAUCAAAAUGUGAAGCUUCCCCCUUCAAACAAUACACUACCUAAUCAGGGCCCUGGCCCCAUGCCAGCGCCGAGCCAUCAGAACUUGAAUUUGGUCAGGCAGAAUGUCAAUCCCAUGUUCAGUGGCAGUAAUGCAGCAGCACAAGGCAGGAGCGCACAGCAGCCUCCAGCACAACCUCUGAACUCAUCACAGCCUAAUCUCCGCACUCAAGUGCCUCCGCCAUUGCUUUCCCCUCAGGUUCCAGCAUCAUUGUUGAAGUAUCCUCCCAAUAACGGUGGUCUGAAUCCCCUGUUUGGGCCACAGCAAGUCGCUAUGCUGAACCAGCUUUCCCAGUUAAACCAGCUCUCUCAGCUGUCCCAGCUACAGCGCCUCCUCCUGCAGCAGCAGAAAGUGCAGAAUCGGAAUAUGCCCAUGGGCGGCCGUCAGCAGCAGGAGCAGCAGGGUCGCCCUCUGGGCCCCUCCCAGAUGAUGCAGCCCCCUCGCCACCUGGAUCCCUCCCUGAUGAAACCGCAGCCUUCCCCGCAGCCGCCAUCACUACACCAGUCAGGCCUCAAGUCCUACCUGGAGAACUUCAUGCCCCAGAAUGCACCGGAGCUGCAGAAGGAGCAGAGCGCGCUCAGUUCAUUCAGUAACUUUCCUCUAGGCUUGAAUUCAAACUUGAAUGUAAACAAUCUGGAUAUUGGCAGUAUUAGUUAUAAAGAGCCCCAGUCCCGGCUGAAGAAAUGGACUGCCUUGGACAUUUCCGUUAACUCAUCGCUAGAUCAAAACUCCAGCAAACCUGGUGCUAUUUCUUCUGGGCUGAGGCUUGAAGAUUCCCCCUUCGGUCCAUAUGACUUCAUGAAUACCAGUAACUCUCCUGUCAGCCCUCCUGGAUCUGUGGGAGACGGCUGGCCCAACCGUGCCAAAUCACCUCAUGGCUCCAGCAAUGUCAACUGGCCUCCAGAAUUUCGCCCUGGUGAGCCUUGGAAAGGAUAUCCAAACAUUGACCCUGAAACUGACCCUUACGUCACUCCCGGCAGUGUGAUUAAUAAUCUCUCCAUUAAUACUGUCCGGGAUGUUGACCACCUCAGGGACAGGAACAAUGGGUCAACCUCAUCUCUGAACACCACGCUGCCUUCAAAUAGUGCCUGGUCCUCCAUUCGUGCCUCCAACUACAGUGGUUCCCUCAGCAGUACAGCACAAAGCACUUCAGCCAGAAACAGUGACUCCAAAUACACAUGGUCCCCUGGUCCGGUCACCAACACCUCUUUGGCUCAUGAACUGUGGAAGGUUCCUCUGCCACCAAAAGGCAUCACCGCUCCGUCCCGCCCACCCCCGGGCCUGACUGGCCAGAAACCCCCUUCGUCCUGGGACAAUAACUCGCUGCGGCUGGGGGGCUGGGGUGGCUCCGACUCCAGAUUCACCCCUGGUUCCAGUUGGGGCGACAACAGCUCAGGGAGAACAACUAAUUGGCUUGUUCUCAAAAAUCUCACACCUCAGAUUGACGGCUCCACUCUGAGAACACUGUGCAUGCAGCACGGUCCGCUGAUAACAUUCCACCUGAAUCUGCCCCACGGCAACGCUGUAGUCUGCUACAGCUCAAAGGAGGAGGCGGCCAAGGCACAAAAAUCUCUGCACAUGUGCGUUUUAGGGAACACUACUAUUCUCGCUGAGUUUGCUAGUGAAGAGGAAAUCAGCCGUUUCUUUGCACAAGGUCAGUCCAUGACUGCCCAGCCUGGCUGGCAGACCCUGGGCACCUCUCAGAGCCGGAUCGGAUCCAUUGAGGGUUCCCACCCCUUCCCAAACCGCAAUGAUCCAAAUCACUGGAACGGUGCUGGGCUGUCGGGAGCCGGCAGUGGAGACCUCCAUGGCACUUCUCUCUGGGGUGCUCCUAACUAUUCCUCGAGCCUGUGGGGGAACCCCGGCGGCAGCGAGGGCCGCGGACUCAGCAGCCCCUCCCCCAUCAACUCCUUCCUCCCUGUCGACCACUUGGCAGGGGGCGGGGACACCAUGUAAUACACCUUUCACCUUCUGACUUAGGAACUGUGACCUCAGUGUGUAAUAAUAUUAAUAAUAAUAAUCAUAAUAAUUAGAAUAAUAAGGAAACAAAUGGCACUAGUUUGACUUUUUUUUCCACCUAUGAAAAAAAAAAAAAAAAAGACGGGGUCACCCUGUGGAAACAAGUUACUUUUUCUGCACAUUUUUCCUCUUUGUUUUAGCCCAAAACAUAUCAGUUUGAAUACUUGAAUCAUGCAGGCCAAUAUUAUAAUGUGAAAGGAUAUAUUUACACUUCCAGGUAGUGCUCUUCAUGGAAAAAAUGCUUCAAAUGAGCUCAUUUGUUUAUUCAUCAUGUUUAUUUGAAUUCCAAUUUUUUUUCUUUUUAUUGCGUUUGUUUGCUGACAAUGUUGGAGUAUGAGCUUUUAACUUUGCACUGAAUGUGGUUUUUCUCAGUAUAAUCCGCAAUAUAGAGGGAGCCCACAGUUCCAGUGUAGUUGUUUACUCAAGGAUGUUCUUAGGAAGCGUGCUCUCUACUAUGCCUUGAUGUACGCCUACCUUAUUGUGGUAUUGUGGAGUUCAAGAUCAAGAUACAAAUGCUGACUUAGGAUUAUUUGACAAUAUUAAAGAAAUAAGUAUUGCACCAAUUGUUUAAAACUAAAGAAUUUAGCUCUGCAGUGUAAAAAACUGUAGCCACAGCUGUGACUUGCAAACCCGACCUGCAAGCCAGGGGGAACAGCACUUUCAAAUAGGCUUUCAAUUUUGUUUUGGAGGCGCCACGUUGUGCCCUCUUGUUUA